AUGGAAUCAGAUUGGCACGAGGUAGCACGAAUCGGCGCCGCGCCGACUUCGCAGCAGGUUGUGGGCUACAGCGCAUCUCUACCUCCAGCUAUAACAUUUGAUACGAAUCAAGAGUUAUUAUGGCUCGGGAAUGAACAUGGAAGAGUGACAUCGUACUUUGGGCCAGAGUUGAGGAAAUACACCAGCUACCGUGGCCAUGCGCACGCCAAUCCUAUGUUGUCGACAGAAAAUGCCGUGAGGCAGGUUAUGGUCAAUGAUCGGGGGGUGAUAUCUUUGUCGGCAAAGAGCUUGCAUUUUGCUAUUAGAAGGGGAUUGGCACAGUGGAAUAUACAGAAUGAUAAAUUCCAGAAUCUUUCAACAAUGGCGUAUACAAAUCGAGGGACGUCGGAGAUCUUGGUUGGCGGUAGUCAGUACUCAAUGCUUACAGUGAACCUCGACCGUGGGACAGUUUUGGGAGAGUAUGAUACAGAAGACGAUAUCAAAGUUAUGAAACGGAGCUCAAGAUCAAUUGUAUAUGGCACAGCGAAGGGGGACAUAAAGCUCCUGGACAUGAACACCAUGAAGAUUAUCAAGGAAUUUUCUCAAGUUCAUGGAAGCGCAAUAUCUGACAUUGAUACGCAAGCGAAUACCCUGCUAACCUGCGGUUAUUCGCCAAGGCAAGGAGCUUACCAUCUCGAUACACUCGUAAAAGUUUAUGAUCUUCGGAUGAAUAGAGCUCUUCCACCUAUCGGGUUUCCCUCUGGAGCAGCUUUCGUACGCAUGCAUCCGAAAAUGUCAGCAUCAGCUAUAAUUGCUUCUCAAGCAGGUCAAUUCCAAAUAAUCGAUAUCAUGAAUCCUGCAGCUAUGAAGCUCUAUCAUGCGAAUGUUUCUAGCUAUAUAACAGCUAUGGAACUAGCUCCUUCGGGUGAUGCAUUGGCCCUAAUGGAUGCAGAUGGGUACCUGCAACUCUGGGGUUCGCCGGACAAGAUAAGAUUUACUGAACUGAUGAAUCCUGUGGAAUGGCAAGACCCUCACCCUUUGCCUAAUAUAAUAGUCAAUGAAGAUACUCCACUCAACACCAUAGGAAUGCCGUUCUAUCAUGACGAUCUUUUAUCUGCUUGGCCACCCCACAUGGUGUUCGAUGUGAAUAAGCUUCCGCAAAAGAUUGACUCGGAUAUAUUAGAAGCUUCAGCAAAGACAGGAUAUGCGCCGUAUCACAAGAGGACACCGCGGUACUGUAUCGAAAAAACUCCUACAGAUACCCCGGUGCCUGCGCCAAAAUUCUUAAGCCAGCAGGCUAAGAGUAAAAACAGAGAUUCUGGGGAUUUCGGUGAUGCCAAAUUACUAUUUGGAGAUGAGGCACGGAGACAGUUUGAGGUGCCGCCGGCGUAUCGAAAAGUGGAGAUUAAAUAUAGCAAAUUUGGAGUUGACGAUUUUGAUUUUGAGUAUUUUAACAAGACGAGGUUCUCGGGGUUAGAAACGCAUAUUGCAAAUUCGUAUAUGAAUCCGCUAUUGCAGAUGUACAAAUUCACGCCAUUAUUACGAAAUUUGGCACUCCAACACACAGCGACAUCAUGUACAAAAGAGGACUGUAUGUUAUGUCAAAUGGGUUUCUUAUUCGAUAUGUUGGACAAAGCAAAUGGUCAAAAUUGUCAAGCUACAAACUUCUUGAAAACUUUCAGCUCUUUACCGACCGCUGCUCGACACGGUGUACUUGAGGAAGAUUCGUCAGGAAAUGGUUCUUUGACGGCAAUGAUUCAGAGCCUAAACCGCUUUUUACUAGACCAGGUUUCGUUGGAUCAGAGAAACUGGGAUUCCAACUCAACUGUACUUGAAGAGGCCAUUAAUGUUGCAGCUACAAAGAUCCAGCGAUGUGUAGUAUGUGGGAAGGAAACUCGUCCUUUGGGCGACACCAACGUUACUGAUCUUAAUUAUCUUCCAAAGCUCCCAAAUAAACCAGUCAUGGCUUUCUCCGCAAUUGCAAAACAGAGUAUCCAACUAGAUACAAACCAAAAAGGGUGGUGUGAUAAGUGUCGUCGGUAUCAAACGCAGGUCAUGCGGAAAACCAUUCGAAAGAUGCCCAAAAUAUUAAUGUUCAAUGCUACCGCGCAUGAAAAAACCGCAAACUUUGCGAAGGAUCAUUGGUCGACACCCGGGUGGCUACCUGACGAAAUUGGAAUGGUUGUGACUAAUAGCCAGUUGAAUAUAUACCAAGGCGAUGAUCUGGAUGCCAUGAAAGAAAGAGAUAGGAGUGGUGCCUUGAUUGUGUAUGAACUUGUCGGCUUUGUAGCAGAGAUCAAGUUGGAAGAAUCUCGAAACUCGCACCUCAUUUCUUUCGUUAACGUUGCUCUUUCGUCAGUGGAGCGUACCGAGGAUAACAAUUGGCAUAUGUUCAACGAUUUUAUGGUCAGACCUGUCUCCAAAGAGGAUGCAUUGGACUUUACGCCUAAAUGGAAAAUGCCAUCAGUCUUAUGCUACCAGGUCAAGUCCGCUAGCAACGUUGUUGAUAAUUCCUGGAGGGAUCAUCUGGAUACCAGUCUGCUUUAUCACGAUUUGACAUAUGGGAAACGUGAGGUAUAUAGGGAAGCAAAAUACAAGCCACUCACACCGGAAGAGGGGCCAAGACCAGGGAUGCUGGUUGCAUUAGAUGCGGAAUUCGUGUCAAUGCAAAACGAAGAGAUCGAGGUCAAGGCAGACGGCUCACGCUCUGUUGUGCGGCCUAGUAGGUUGGGCCUUGCAAGGGUUUCUGUGCUUAGGGGGGAGGGGGAGGAUGAAGAAGUUCCGUUCCUGGACGAUUAUAUCAUCACCAAAGAGCCAGUGGUGGAUUACUUGACUGAGUUCUCGGGUAUUCAUCUUGGUGAUCUCGAUCCAAUGCAGUCCAGACAUGCAUUGGUGCCACUGAAGGUAGCAUACAAACGAUUAUGGCUACUAUUGAAUCUCGGGUGUGUGUUCGUGGGUCAUGGAUUGUUGAAAGAUUUUAGGAUUAUUAAUAUCCACGUCCCCAAGGAACAAGUGGUGGAUACAGUCGAUUUAUUCGCCUUAAAAACAACCUUCCGAAAAUUAUCGCUUCGAUUCCUAGCGUGGGUGAUUCUAAAUGAAGAAAUUCAAUUGAAAACGCACGAUUCAAUCGAGGACUCCUCGACGGCACUCAAAUUAUACAGGAAAUACCUGGAAUUUACUGAUGCCGGUAUCAUGGAAGUCAUGAUGAACCGGGUCCAAGUAGAGGGCAUGAAAUGGGGGUUCAAGCCGCCAUCAAGAGUACUUGCAGAGAUGGGGCAAGACAGAAUAGACACACCACCAAUACUGCGCGAUCAGAGAUCCGAAGCUAAUACCCCCCAGCCUCGUAGUAAUAUGACGAGGUGGCCUUCGAACGCCUAA